AUGGACGGCCCACGUGCUCCCCUAGCCAAACAAGACAUUCAGGGCUACCUCAGAGACCUAAAGUCUUAUGUAGCAGAUGAGCUACAAAAACACCUACAGCCCAUCACUGACAGCAUGGUGGAUCUGGCAACCAGGACGCGUGAAGUUGAAGACAAAAUGGAGGAGAUGGUGGAAGUCAAUAACUCUCCUGACAAUGACCUGGAAUUAAAAGACCAAAUCCAUUUCCUCGAAGAAGCAAACGAAAACCUGUGUAACAGGAUGCGGAGGAAUAAUAUUAGGCCUACCUGA